CAGUUAGCUGCUUUGAUCCCAGGGAGGAGGACCUGAACCUCUCGCAUUCCUGACAUAGCAGCCGACUCUUGCGCAGCCCAGCCUCCCUGGCUCUCAUUACAGCUGAAGGAGGCAGGCUCUCCGCUCAAUUUGCCUUCCUUCCAGCAGGGGCGGACGCAAGCAGGCGCUGUGCGAGGUUUUACAUGCACCCACAGUUCACUCAGACGCCGAAGCCAGGACCACGCGAGCCACGGCGGGCUUUUGCCGGGGUUAAGCCCUCGUUUUCCUCCGCACUCCAAAGCCAGGAAAGGGGCCGCGUUAAGAGCGGAUCUCAGCCGAACCAGCAGUUAAACGAAGCUAUUUGGGCUGCUAUGGUCGGGAUCAUUUGGCUGGGCAGUGGCUGCUAGACUCCAGGAAUAGUAUCUUCUGUGCCUUUGGAAAGCAGUGGUGGACAACCAGUUAGUUCAGAAUGAGGACAGCGGAGGAUUCCUCUGGGACUGUCCUUCACCGCCUCAUCCAGGAGCAGUUGAGGUAUGGCAACCUGACGGAGAACCGUACACUCCUGGCAAUACAGCAGCAGGCCCUGCGUGGAGGGGGAAGCAGUGGCAGCCCACGGUCUUCCCUUGAGAGCCUUACCCAGGAAGAGAGCCAGAUGGUUCAGCAAUCCACACGGCAGGAGCCCCAGGGCCAGGAGCACCACGGUGACCACCUCUACCUGGAGAACAACAUGUGUCACCUCUACCAGCCUCAGCACAAGGGAGAAGAGCUUCCCACGUAUGAGGAGGCAAAAGCUCAUUCCCAGUAUUAUGCCUCACAGCGAGGACAGCAGGCUGGGGUAGCCUCGCCUGGGGCACAUGCCGAAGGUGGGCAGCGCAGGGCCUAUGCCUCUGACACCAGCAGCCAGCACCAGGAUGAGUCGCUGAAAGAGCUGAAACAUGGACACGUGAGGUCGCUCAGUGAACGGCUCCUGCAGAUGUCACUCGAGAGGAAUGGAGCCAAAGCUCAGAACCACAUGAGUUCCUCUCAUAGCUACCCUCAGCUGUCUAGGCACCACCAGCUCUCUGCCUCAAGAGGGAAGCCCUCUGAGGUGCUGGAAUCUCGUGGUCCUCCUCCAGAAUACCCUUAUAUAAUGCCUUCACAAGAGGCUCCGGGCAGUUACCUCCCAGACCCCAGGCACCACUACAGAGGAGGUCCAGGAUUUCCACACCCUGAGAUCAGGGUGAUGCAGGCCCAGAUGUCCCAGGCUUUCCUGCCACAACAGGCUGCGCUAUGCCAUAGUCCUCUGGGAUCUCUCACUACAGCUGGGAUGGAGGCUCUUAUGUCAGCUCAGGCUGCUUCUGCCAGUAGCCACUUGUCCCAAAUGGAAGCUGUGUUGGUGGAGAAUGAGAAGUUGCUGAGAGAGAAUGAGAAACUUCAGAGGGAAAAUGAGAUGCUGCGGAGGGAACUGGAAAACUACAGUGAAAAAGCCAACUGCAUGCAGAAGCUGGAAACUGAAAUUCAACGAAUUUCAGAGGAUUAUGAAAACCUAAUGAAGGCAUCUUCUAAGCGAGAGGCAUUGGAGAAGGCCAUGAGGAACAAGAAGGAUGGAGAGAUGCGGCGGUUGCAGGACUUCAACCGGGAUCUGAAAGAGAGACUGGAAUCUGCAAAUAAGCAGCUGGCUAGCCGGGCACAGGAAAACCAAGAAGGAAGCCAAGGGACUAUGGCAAAACUUAUUGCUCAAAACUAUGAGCACCAUCAAGAAAGGGAGAAGCUGGAGCGGGAGGUUGCACGGCUGCAUGGCGCCAAUGAAGACCAACGCCGGCGGGCAGAGCUGCUGGAACAGGCUCUUAGCAGUGCCCAGGCACGGGCUGCCAAAACGGAAGAUGAACUACGGAAGAAACGGGCGUAUGUGGAGAAAGUGGAGAGGCUACAGCAGGCUUUGGGCCAGCUCCAGGCCGCCUGCGAGAAGCGUGAGCAGCUGGAACUGCGACUCCGCACUCGGUUAGAGCAGGAGCUGAAGAUGCUGCGGGCUCAGCAGAGACAGAUGGGAGCACCCAGUGGAGCAUCAGCUGAGCUGAACCCCUGCAUGCUGUCUGAACAGCUGAGAGAAAGAGAAGAGAAGAUCCUAGCCCUGGAGGCUGAUAUGACCAAGUGGGAGCAAAAGUACCUAGAAGAAUGUACAAUGAGGCAGUUUGCCAUGGAUGCUGCUGCCACGGCUGCUGCACAGCGGGACACCACCAUCAUCAACCACUCCCCACGCCACUCUCCCAACAGUAGCUUUGAUGAGGACCUCUUGCUGGCAAACCACAAGCACCAAGAGAUGGAGAACAGAUUAAAAGCACUUCAUGCGCAAAUACUUGAGAAGGAUGCUGUCAUCAAAGUCUUGCAGCAACGCUCUCGCAAGGACCCUAACAAGGCUCAACAGGGUUCCCUGCGGCCUGCCAAAUCUGUGCCAUCCAUCUUUGCAGCCUCUGGCACCCAGUAUUGGCCAGGUGCUUCUGUCAGUGAAAGUGGUUCCCGAGGGAGUCCAGCACCCAAAGCCUCAGCAGAAGCUGCUGCUGCAUCAGCUUGUGCCCCUCUUGCCUUCCAUGCCAAACAUGGCAGCAAAGAUGGGAGUACGCAGACCGAAAGCUCAUCUGAGAGCAUUCAGUGCGAUGAGCCCGAGUCCCACGUUCAAAGUGGCAGCGGUGCAGCAAAUUCUCUAGAGAUUUUGCCAGCUGCUAAAAGCCUGGAUCUCUCGGACAUGGUGGAGAUUCUUAUCUGAGGAAUUGGGGAGGGGAAUUCUCCAGCACAUGACCAGACCUUGCCACUCCCCUCUGCUUUAGCAGAUUGCUGCCUUAUCAGGAGACAGUAACCGACCAAGAGGGCAAAGACUGAGGGAACCCUACAGCAAAUUAGAAAGGCCUGUGGCGAGCAGGGCAAAGACUUUGCAAGAGCGGGUUGGAGGAGAACACCAGAUCAAUCGAUUUUUUUCCCCCAGAGUGUAAAGCUACAACAGCAGCAUGCUUUCAUUUGGGUCAUGAGCAUUCACUGUUGCCCAGACAGAUUUCUCUCUCCCUCCUCAUCCAAUGGGCUGAGCAACAGCUGGGGUACUGUGUUUAGGCCGGUGCUUGCGCAGAGACAACUGCUCCACAGUUUUCUUUGCCACUGGCUUUCUCAAUAGUUGGGAAGCUGUAUGGGACUCUCACGCUGCCUGAGUGUGGCCCUACAGAGAGGGGCAUGCUGGGAUUUGGCAUCAAAAGAGGUGAUAAUGCCUGAUUCACUGGGCUCCUGGCAGGUACCUGGACCUGAAGUGUAAGCUAUUUUAAGCAAGAGUGUUUGUCUGGUGCUGGUGUGAAUAUAAUUAAUUCCCUACACCCCCCCCCUCCCCAAAUCCACUUCUCAGCUCCCAGGCAGAAGGACAGCUGCAGAUACUGGGGAUUGCAAGCAGCCUGAUCUCUGGGGGAUAGCACAUGACCUGUCAGGUACUGGGGAAGGAGGAAUCAAAGAGAUGGUCCCAUCUGUCUUCAUUUCUGUAAAUAACUUGCGUAAGAACAAGCCCAACAGUUACAAACAUUUCAGCCACAGUCCCUCUUUUUUGACUCUUCCUGUACCUCUAUGAUAUUUGUGGUGGCUCUGCCUGAUCUCUCUAUUUGCUCCACAUCACUUAAACUAUUUCCCCCCAUUGUCUUGUUUUCAGAUUUCUUUAGUGUUUGCUUUUUCAUUUCCUCCAUUUCACAUCCUGUUUGUCCAGAGUUAAAUAUCCGCCUUCAGAAUCCUUCAGAUUCCAUUUCCUUUGAAGCAGUUUCCCAUGAUGCUUCAGAAUGGAAUUUCCCUGCUCUUUGUUUGAGCAGCAGCGUUUCUUUUCAUGUGCUGCUGUUUCUAAGCUGCCUUUAAAAAAAACAACCUGGAGAAAUCAUGUAAUGUAGAUCAGCACAGCUGAAUAGGGAUGAAUGGCCCUGAUCCCCAGCUGGUAUAAAACUGGGGCCUUUCCAUCAGUAGAAUCUGGUCCAAAACAAGAUCAUGAUUUGGGCCUUGUACUGAUAUAAACAACACUUAUUUCCAUUAAAAUUGUUUAGAAGUAAAGUUGAACUAUUCAAAGAGAGUGGGGGAAGUAUGAUGCAGUAUGUAUGCAGGGGGGUUGUGCUGAGCAGGUACUGAAGGAAGGAAUGUGGCCAAGAGCUAGCUAGCUAGUUUUCUAUAUGGCCAACAGCUAGUAGCAGUUACUAAAAAAAAUGGCAACUGUGGGAAUUAUGUGAAUGAAUAUGGAGAUGCAAAACAACUUUAUUUCCCUAAUGUGCCUUUAAAAAAAUUGGAUAAGGAUUGGUUUACUGGCAUAUCUUUUCUCUAGAACCACUCCAGAAUCUGUAGUACCACUUAAGAGCCUUUUACACUCCCCUUUCUACUGACAGCUGGCUUCUGACAGGAGCCAAAUAUCAGUUGCUCGCUUCACCAAAUCUUGGUGCUUUUGAUUCUUCCUUCACACUCUUUCAUCCCCACCUUUGUCUCAGUUAAACAUGUGCAUUUGCUGGACAACUGCAUUUAAAAAAAAAAAAAAACCCUCCAUAAAUAUGUAAAAAGGUGUUCAGUUAUUGUGCAUUGUUUACAAAGUGAAAAACAAAGCAAAAAAAUUAUGAGAGAAAGAUACACAGCUUAAUAUAUUUUAUAUUAAUAAGUAUUUUUGUGCUGUGAACUUUUUUUCUGCCAAAGACGAUGAGAGGUGUGUUUUUUCCCUUUCUUUAUUUUUGGGUGCAUUUUAAGUUAUCUUAAGUAUUUAAAUGUAAACCUGACUGUUUUAUUAUGCUGCCCUAUACCGAGAUUGCUGUAGCAUUCCACUUGGUAUAACAAUAUUUUAAUAAUAAAUAAAUAUUGUCUAAUAAG